AUGCCAGAACAAAUUACUUUGGGCAGCACCACCGCUGCACGUAAAGUAGUUGGUUUGAACAUUUCCCUAUUGAAAGGAGGAACCAUCACCCAAACCAUCGUUGGUGGUAUCGUGUCCGGACUCGUUGUAGUCUCUGUGGUCGCUACCAUUAUCAUGGUCACCGUUGGUGCCGGUUACGAACCACCAAAAUUGACACCAGAUCAUUUACAAGCUUUCAAGCAUGUGAGUUACAUCAUUAAUCCACUUAUAAAUGAUGUGGAUCCUAAAGCAAAUAACCUUACUCUCGUCAAUAUCACCCAACCAUCGUUCGGUACAGCCAAGUUAAUAGGUGGUAAUCGAGUUCAGUACAUUUCCAACAAGUAUUAUUCAGGCAAUGAUAGCUUUGAGUACACAGUGUACAAUGGCUAUGCAUUUGCUUCAAGCGUUAUAACCAUAGAAGUCUUGAAUAGACCUCCUGAGGCAAUCCCAAUUCAUGUUAAAGUUUCCAAGAAUUCAAAGAACAAUGUGAUUGACUUGUUCAAUUACGUUAGUGACAGUGGUGCCAAAAUCAAUGAUAUCGAUGAUGAUAUUUUGACCAUUGUUAAAGUUGGAAACACCACUGUGAAAAAUUCCCAAGUCAAUAUUGUGGAUUCUCUCUAUUUAACUUAUACUCCACCAACUGGAUUCAAUGAUAUUGAUUCCUUCGAAUAUACUAUUACUGAUCAGAACACUACUGUCUCUCAGACCAUCACUGUAGAAGUUAUUAAUGAUCCACCCGUUGCAACUCCAGAUGAUAUCACUGUCCCUAAGAAUAAGAUUUCUAGCCUUAAUUUACUUUCCAACGAUUAUGACAUUAACAAUGAUCAUAUCUUCAUUCUUGGUAACAUGUCAGGAAGCGGCUCAAAGGGUACUGUUGUUUUUUCUGAUGAUGGAUUGAAGGCCCAAUAUAUACCUCCUGCUGACACCAACGUGUUUAUUGACAGUUUUGAGUACACCAUUAGUGAUGGAAGUAAGAUGUCUUCUACCUAUGUCUUUGUUCGUGUGAAGAAUACUCCUCCCUUCUCACCUGACCAAAACAUUACCAUUCCAAAGAAUUCUGCCAACAAUAACAUUCCAUUGAGUUAUGACGAGAAGGAUAUUUUGGACAUUGUCACAAUGACCAUUGUUCAAAAACCUGUAAAGGGUACCUUCCAAUUGCAACAGAUUUCUUCUAUUAACCCAGUGAAUUAUUUGGGACAACAAUGGAUGAAUGUUCGAUUGAAUACUUACAAUUUAAUAUAUACACCACAAAGUGGAAUGGUCUAUGCAGAUGUGGUCAAGAUUAAGGUCGACGAUGGAUACGACUCCAUGAUUGCCACUCUCACUCUCAAUGUCGUGAAUACACCACCAAUCACUGUGAAUGAUACCAUUGUAUGUGAAAAGAACAAGCAAGUCACUUUGAACGUUGUUGAAAAUGAUUAUGACCUUAAUGGUGACACCAUUUUGUUGAGUACUGAUCCAAGUGAUUGGGUGUUGAGUGAAAACAAUGCAACUGUCUCUCGUGUGAACAACAGCGUGUUGCAAUAUACUGCCAAACCAGGAUUCUUGGGUAAAGAUGUGGCUACUUAUGUCGUGACUGAUUCCAACUCGGAUGGUUCAACGGUUGGAGUUUUGAAGGCAACUGGUUAUGUAAACGUUCAAGUUGUGAAUACCCCUCCUGUUGCUUUAGAUAAGACUUUCACUGUUCCAAAGGGUGUCCUCUCAACUCUUGAUGCUUUGCAGGGAGAUUAUGAUCCAAACUCAGAUCCUGUCGAUUUCAAUUCAACCACUGCAGUUAUUGUCACUCCUGCUGGUGUUUCUGUAUCAUUGAACACAACCUCUCAACCAAGAAAUAUGUUGGAUUAUCCUGCUUUAGAUGCUGUUUAUCAAGAUAAAUUCAAUUACGUGAUUCGAGAUGUUGAUGGAGCCACUGCUAGUGCUGUUGUGACUGUUAAUGUUGUCAACACUGCUCCAAUGGCUUUUGAUGAUUCUGCAACCACUAAAUGGAAUAGAAGUGUGGUCAUUCCUGUAUUGGCCAAUGACUUUGAUCAGAAUCCUGCUGACAGAUUCAAAUUGUUAGUCAAGACCAUUACACCUGUGAGUGUUUCUGGAGGUACUGCUUCGUCAUUCGAUGGUGGUAAAAGCAUCCUAUUCACUCCUGAACCUGGAUUUGUCGGAACCUAUACUUUCAAGUACAACAUUACCGACUCUGAUCUCGAAAGUAAUGCUGCCACUGUUGUUGUCACUAUGAUCAACAAUGCUCCAACGACUAGUGACGCUGCAGCCACAACUCACUGGAGAGAUUCUUCUGUCAUUGUUCCAGUUUUGGACACAUCCAGCGAUGUUGAUUCAGACCCACUCCACAUUGCAUCCGUCACUCAACCUCAAAAGGGCUCAGUUUCUAUUGUCAAGCUCGGUGAUGGCUCUGACGCUUUGAAAUAUCAAAUUUCUGCAUCACAAGCAUUUGUUGGUGAAGAAACCAUGACCUUUGUUGUGUCUGAUUACUCUAAAACUGCCAGUGCUACCUUGAAGGUCACCGUGACCAAUACUAAUCCAGUUGCCCAAGACGAUGCUGUCACUUUGCAUUGGUCAACUCCUUCAUUGACUAUUCCUGUUCUCUCCAAUGAUAAGGAUGACAACAAUGAUCCAAUCUACAUUAAGGAUGUCAAUCUUCCAACUCCAUUCUAUGGUUCAUGCGUAAAGACUGAAAGUGAUUCGAAAUUACUGUUCUCACCAACUGCUCAAUCGAAAGGCUACCAAAUCGUUACUUAUACCAUUACGGACGGACAAGGAGUCAGUGCUCCAGCUAAUGUUGGUUUCAAUGUGACCAAUGCAAACAAGCCAUCCGAUACAACCAUUUCCAAGAGUGUCCACUGGUCCACUCAAACUGUUGGUACAAAGAUUACCUUAUUCUCCCAAGCUCGUGACGCUGAUGGAGAUUUGUUGAGCAUUGACAUUGCAAAUUCACCUGUCCAAUCUCCUGCAUCUGGUUCAUUAAACAUGUCAAAUGGUGAUGCCAAUAAUUUGCCAUAUGUGAUUUACAAGCAACAAGCAGGUUUCAAAGGCGAUGAUGUAUUUAAGGUCAAAGUUACCGAUGGAGCAGACAGUGCUGUGUAUACUGUGAAUAUGAAUGUUUACAACCAUGCUCCAGUCUUGACUGCAGCCUCAACUUCUGGCCACUUCAACGUCUUCUCUUCCGGCUUCACUGUCGAUGCACUCCAAUUGACCAAAGCAACCGAUCUCGAUCCAGAGGAUACUCUCUCCCUAGUUUCUAUUACUCCUUCUCAAUACGUGACACAAAAUGGUAAUCAAAUUACAUUCCUUCCUGUUGCUCCAUUCACAGGAACUACAGUGUACACCAUUGGAAUCAGCGACGGUUUUGAAACAACCAACACCACAUGGACUGUGACUGUUCAAAAUGUUGCACCUGUUGCUUCUGUAUUCCCAACAACUAUUCAUUGGUCUAAGGGAUCUGAGGUCAUUGAUGUUCUUGCUAGUCUUAAUGAUGCUGAUGGUGAUGCUGUCAAUAUUACCUCUGUCAGCAGCCCUUCAUCUGUCCAUGGUACUCCAUCGAUUAUUGUUGCUGGAAAGCAAUUUAUUAAGUGGACUCUGCCAUCACCAACUGUCUCCAUGUUAGGAAGUACCUCAUUCACUGUGCAAUUUACGGAUGGAUGGGCAACUAAUAGCGCUACUUAUGCUGUCACUGUUCAAAAUAACGCUCCAACUGCUGUGGAUCUUCCAGUCUCUCUCCACUGGUCUCGUUAUGCUACUGGUGUUUUGAUCAAUGUCAUGUCAGGUGCUUCAGACUCUGACUCACAAGAUACAAUUACUUUUGCCUCAACUCCAUUCUCCUCACCUUCUCAUGGUACUGUCGAAUUGAGUGGUAGUGACAAGUUGUUGUACAAGCCAACUCCAGCCUAUGUCGGAGGAGAUUCUUUCACUUAUAGCUUAACCGAUGGAUUGCAAAGUGUCACAAAGACUGUCACCAUUACCGUUCAAGACCAAUUGCCAGUUUGUUCUGCUGAUUCCAUUAGCAUUCAUUGGAAUACUUCUUAUGUGGAUAUCUCAGUUUUGGGCAAUGAUUCUGAUCCUGACACAGAAGAUUCUCCAAAGAUCAAGAUUGGAUCUCUUUCCACACCAUCCCAAGGAUCAGUUUCUCUCCAAUCUGACACUCUUGGUGUCAUUCGAUACACUCCAGCCACGGUUCCAACUCUCACCUUGGGCACAAAGACAUUCACCUACAUUUGCACAGAUGGAGCAAAAGAUUCUCUCAAUCCAGCCCUUGUUUCAGUUUCCAUCACCAAUGCUCAUCAACCUUCAACACCUACCUUGUCCAACACGAUUCACUGGCGGGAUGCUUUGAAUGGCAUUUCAUAUUCUCCAUAUAGUGCAGUCACUGAUGCUGAUGGUGACGCUAUUACACUUUCUUUGGGUUCAACGAAUGACGGUAACUCGUAUUCCAUUGAGGGUGCUAGUGGAACGGUUCAAUCCGUCAAAUUUAUUAAGACUAUUCCUUUCAAAGGAAUUCAGACAUGUACGUACUCAUUGAGUGACGGUUUCUCCACUGCAUCGUCAAGUAUUACCACCACUGUGACCAAUGCAAUUCCAACUGCUCAGGACAUCAAUCUCAAAUAUCACUGGUCAUUGAUUGGUACUGGUCUCACCAUUAACCUUAUUCAAUACUCGAACGAUGGUGACUUGGCUGAUAUUGCAUUCCUUAAGGUCAAUUCUGUUUCUUCUUCAAAUAGAUAUGGCAAUUGUGUGUCUAUCAAUUCAGAUGGUACUAGUGUUCUCUACAAACCAACGAAUCUCGUGGCCGGUGAAGACUUUUUCUAUUACAACAUAACCGAUGGCCUUGACAUUUCUAUCACUUACAAGGUCAGUGUGAACAUCACAAGUACUACUGCCAAUCCAUCCGAUCAAGUCUACGAUGUACAUUGGAGAGCAUACGCCACACCUGUCGUUUUCCCAGUCUUACAAAACAUUAGUUCCAACGGUGACGUUUUGAAUAUCGACAGCAUUUCACAAGCUCCAAAUCAAGGAGGCUCUGCAACUAUCACCGAUGCUCAAACGACAAUUACCUAUUCUCCUCUUCAAGGUUUUGUUGGAACUGAGACCUUUAUUGUGAGAUAUAGACUUGGAUUGACCUAUUCUCUCAUCACAGUCACCGUGAACGUUUAUGAUAAUGCUCCAACUGGUACCACAAAGGUCGUCACCACACACUGGAGAACUCCUGUAUCCAUCAAUUUGAUUUUGAAUGCUACAGAUGCAGAUUCAGCUGAUCUUCCAUACUUGACUGCAACUUCUGCAACAACUCCAUCGAAGGGUAGUGUCGGUAGUAUUUCUUCUGGUUCAAUUACCUACACACCAGAGACCACCGUUGGUGCUUUCAUUGGUACUGCUACUUUCAGUUACAAGAUUUAUGAUGGAAAAUUAUAUUCAUCUGCUAUUCCUGUUUCAGUUGUUGUUACCAACUCUGCACCAGUAUCUGGAUCAAAGAGCAUGAAUGUGUUGUGGAGUGACUUUGUGAAUGGAAUGGAUGUGAGUGUACUCACUUUAUCUCCAGUUGACAGUGAUCCAAAUGGAGAUCCAAUCCGUGUGAAGAGUUUUGGAUCCAUCUCAAGGGGAACUAUUUCACCAAAGACAGGAAACUCCAAUAUUGCAGUUGUUAAGGGAGUAACAGGAGAGAAGUAUUUGGGUCCUGUCACAUUCUCGUAUGUGGUGACGGAUGAUUCUGCUAACGGAGAUGUUACUUCUUCUGUCAAUUUGAACAUUUAUAACAACAAGCCAGUAGCAAAUCCUGAUUCCUUCACGACUCACUGGAAUGUUGCAUUUGUGGAUAUUGAUGUUCUUGCCAACGACAAUGAUCCUGAUUCCAAUACAUUGAGCAUUACAAAUGUUUAUGGAUCUUCAGCAACCACUGCUCCAACAAUUACUGGUGGAAAGAUUAGAUAUUAUCCAAGAACUGCAGCUGUUGGUUCUGUUGACACGUUCAAGUAUGAAUUGAGUGAUGGUGUUCAAACCUCUGAAGGAACAGUUUCUGUGAACGUCACAAACACCAAACCAACCACUCAAUCCUAUAGUCAAAGUGUUGCAUGGUCUGUCGCAAAGAAUGGACUCACUUUCAAUGUUGUUCAAAAUUCCAAUGAUGCCAAUGGUGACGCUCUUUCUUUGGUUGGUUAUUCUUCUAUUACGAGCGAUCAAGGUACCUUGUCCACCGUUGGAAGUGGAUCCUCUGCUCAAAUUCGUUUCGUUCCAACUAUUGGAUUCACUGGUUCUGUCACACAAAUUGUUUUCACCAUUACUGAUCAACGUGCUACUGUUACAGGAACCAUUGACAUUACCAUUCUUAACAACCCUCCAGUGAUUAAUACUGCUGCUUUUAGUUAUCAUUGGAGACAAGCACUUCAAAGUAACACAAUCAACUUGGCAACCAGAUACUCUGAUGCUGACUCUGAUUUUGUCAACACUACACAAGUCACCAGUGCCGGUCUUGGAAAUAUUUACUUGUCAGCAGUGAAUACAGUGACUUACAAAUUAUCCUCAGCUUGGAAGGGAAGUGAUUCCUUCUCAGUAUUAGUCACAGAUGGUUGGGCAACAAAGACUUCCACAUUCCCAGUGACAGUGACCAACAAUGUCCCAGUCGUAUAUGAUAUUACUAUUAAUGUUCAACACACUGCUGCCUCAUCGAUUAACAUUCCUAUUUUGACAAGAUCUGAUGCUCUCAAACCAACAGAUGCUGAUGCUGCUGAUUCAAAUCUUCUCACUGUUUCCACCUAUACAAGUCCUGCAGUUGGUACUUUGAGUUAUUCUUCUGGUGCAUUCACCUAUCAAAAUCCACAAGGAAAUUUGCAAACCAAGACCUUCACUUACACUGUGAGUGAUGGAUUUGAAACAGUGACCAAGACGAUUACGAUUAACAUUCUCGACCAAGCUCCAACAGCGAACGCCGUUUCAAAGACUUCUCAUUGGAGAAGUGUUCAAAGUGGAUGGGAUUUGAACAUGAUUACAGAAUCAAGUGCAGCAGACGCAGAUGGUGACACGUUGACCAUUAGUGCUUACACUCAACCACAAUCUGGAGCUGGAACUAUUGUUAGAAAAUCAGGUUCUCUCACAAAUUUAAUUUACACACCACCUGCUGGUGUUGCUCCAUUGACAGCCACCUUUAAAUUCACAAUAUCCGAUGGAAGUCUCACUGUUGAGAAGGAUUGUCAAAUCACUCUCACAAAUACAGCUCCUGUCGCAAAUCCAGAUGUUCUCAUCAAGUCUUGGAAACAAACGACAUUUACCAUGACUCCACUCACAAAUGACGUCGAUGCCAAUUCAGAUCCAAUCACCAUUAGUAGCGUCGAUACUGUAUCACGUAAUCGAGGAGCUGCCUUGACUCUUUCUAGUGAUAAGACCUCCAUUACUUACAAUUAUGCUGGAAGUGGUGCCACUGGAAAUGAUACCAUCAGUUACACAAUCACCGAUGGAGCUGCCACAUCCACCUCCUCAAUCACCAUUGUGUUCACAAAUGCUGAACCUGUUGUCACAAGCUUUAGUAAGGUUGUCAAGUGGAAUUCUAACUUUGUAGAGAAUUCAUUAUUGUCAAGAUGUUCUGAUUCAGAUGGUGAUACAGUUACUUUCACAGGAGUUGUUCAAGGUACUUUGGGAAAUACUGUUGUCAAUGAUGCAACUGUUGGUAAAAUUACGUACACUCCAAAUCUUGCCAUUACUUUUACCAACAAACCUUCCGGAUCACGAUGGGAAGCUUAUGACACAGUCACAUUCAAAUGCACAGAUGGAUUAGCUGAGAAAUCAGGAACUAUCUCUGUCACCAUUUGGAAUACACCACCACAAGGUUCAGACAAGAGUGGAAAUUUCAAUAGACAAUACUCGAAUCCAGUGGUUUUAAUUCCAUUCAGUACUUUAUUGACAGGAGCAUCCGAUGCUGAUUCAGACUCGCUCACUAUUUCAUCCGUUCAAAUGUAUUCAGGAUCUGACAGCUCUUCUUCAGUCAUGAUUGACUCUGGAAAUGUUAAAUUCACCUAUGGUCAACAAUUUGUUGGAACUCAAAAAUUCUACUUCUCCAUUAGUGAUGGUCAACUGUCAACCACUUAUACUUACACGAUCACCAUUGUCAAUUCAUUCACUUGCAUGGAUUAUACCAUCACCACAACAAAGGACAGUGCCUCAACACAAUUCGAAGAUUCCCUCAAGGCUGAUUGGGCAGCUCAAUUUGGCUCUGAACCAAUUACCAUUUCCAUCAGCAAUACUGCUACUUUGAAUUCUGUUGGUACCAUUACGACUGUGAAUGGUAAAUUGACUUACACUCCAAAUGCAAGAAGAUCAUGUUCAGGAAAUGCUUGUUAUGCUUCCUUUGUCGUUAGAAAUCAAGCCAGUCAAACUGCUACUUGUAAACUCUUUGUGAAUCAACCUAACAAGACACCAGUGGCCUCCAAUUGGGAAUAUGAAUUUUCGAUCAGAAGAGAUGGAAACGAUGUACGAACGUUUGAUUACAUCAAAGACACUGGUGCUCAAGAUCCAGACACUCAAGAUUCUUUAGCUAUUUCAAUUACAGAUCCUGGAACUUGUGCCAGUGCUAGUACGAGCUUGUCCAUUGUGAACAAUAAGAUUUCCUUCACAAGAGCCAAUACCUUUUUUGAUCAACGAUGUACACUUACACUUUCAGUGACUGACAAUGAUUUAUCUGCUCCUUCCUCUGUGAGUGUCACCGUUGGAAUUAAGGCAAUCAGCUCUCCUCCAAUUGCAGUCAAUGAUGAGUUCUCAACCAAAUAUAACACUCUGAUUGACGUGGCUGCAUCCUCAUUGUUAUUGAAUGACUAUGAUCCACUCGGAGGUACCUUUGAAUUUUUGAAUAUUUAUUGUCCAGAUUCCACCUACUGCAAGAAUGGAGUACCUGUCAUUUUGAAUCCUCUCGACUCACCCAACAGCAGAAUUAUUCGUGUCUCUCCAAGAAUUGGUUCAUGUGAAGCUGAAAAGAUUCAAUACAGAAUCCGAUCACUCCAAGACGGAACAACUGCCACAGCAGACAUUACCAUCAAGUAUACAGAUUGUGUUUGUAGUAAGGUCUUUGAUCUUAUCUUUGUUUUGGAUGGUUCUGGAUCUAUUUCAGAUACCAACUGGAGGAAUAUGAGAUAUUUUGUGAACAAUAUUACUUCUGGAUUUAAUGUAGGACCUGACGCCACAAGAAUUGGUAUUGUUCAAUAUUCUUACACUUCGUCCCUUCACUUGUCAGUCGCUUCAGGAACAUCAAAGGCAAUUGUCACCAAUACAAUGAACUCGAUUGCUCAACUCAGAUCUUCAACUGCCACAAUGAGAGGUAUCAACACAGGUAUUGCCGACAUGGUGAGUGCUGGUAGACCUUCUGUCACUGACAAGUUGUUCAUUCACAUCACUGACGGUGAAUCCAAUUUCCCAUGUGACUGCUCGGAAUGUGCUCAAGAAAGUGCUACUUGUGUUUCUCCAAGAUUCCCAGCCAUGGAUUGCAAUGCUUGUGACUGGCAAAAUGCAACCUCCAAGUGUCAACCAUGUGCUGAAGCCACAGUUCGUUCCUCUGAAAUUAACUCAUGGAAGCCAGGAAAUCCAAACAAUCCUGAACCUAGCAAGUCAUGGAAUUACAGACAAUUAGCCAUCGGUAUUGGUGUUGGUGUCACUUCUAGUUUUGGUAUGAUGCAAAUUCAAAAGAUGAAUUAUGAUCCAUUGAAGUUCUUCCUCGUCGAUUGGAAUGAUUUGACGAAUAUUUACGGCAAAGUCAUUGAUGAAGCUUGUAAUACCAUUCCAACAUCUGCCACCUAUCUAAAGCGACCUAUUAGUGAUUUUGAUUACACCAUUACAACAUCCAGAAGUGUCGCUACAAGAAGAGUUUUUGAUGUUGAUUAUUUCUCAACAACAUUCACCUAUUCCAUCACUGUUCCUUCUACUUCAUACAUGGGAGCUGUCACACGAUUUGCCAUUGCUAAUACUAUCGAUUCCUUCUCUUACAAUUCCUAUUCGCCAUCAUUCCCAGUUUAUUUAGGAAAAGAUAUUAUUUCUGGAUUGUCAGGUUUUAUUUGGGAGUCUUUGCCAAAUUCAAAUAUUGUUCCAAAAGGUUCAACAACAUCCUUCUCAGUGAGUGUGUGUGGAAAUAUUGCAGCCACAAAUGUGAAUUUCACUGUUGUUGGUGCCUCGACGUAUGCCGUCUCUCAAAUUCAAGGUCCAAGUUCCUCCUCGUGCACCUACUUCCCACCAGCUGCAGAAGAUGUCACCAAACGUGUCACUUCAUGUACCUCCACAAGAUGUCUCUUACGUACACAAUUUACUGAUUUCCUUAAUUAUGAUCAAGGUGUUGCUGUUUGUAAAAAAUGGAAUCCAAAUGCAACUCCUGUCACAAUCAAAUCAGCAGCUGAGAAGACUGAAGUGAUGAACAUUGCUGGCGGUUUUGAUUUCUUUAUUGGUUUAUUCUAUAGUUAUACCCAAGGCUGGAAAUGGGUCGAUGGUACUUCUUUGUCCUACACGGAUUGGAAGGUCGGAAAUCCAAACAACAACUCACCAACCAAUUAUAACGACUUGAAUGUUGUGUCUAUUGGAAGUAGCUCCGGUCAAUGGGAUGACUCACCUUCUAUUUACAAGUAUAAGACUGUUGUUUGUCAGUACAAGUUAUAA